ACUUCUGUGAUGGCUAACGUGAAUUAGCUUCCUGGGUCAACCACGGUGACACCGGUCGUGGUGAUCCACCUACAGCUGUAAACGUCUCUUCUGAAUUCUGCUAAGGGAGUUUUAAAACCCUGUCAUCACAUUGUCGGCUGGGAGCCCCUGCACCCUCAUCUCGGACUGUCGGGGGAGUUCGUAUUUUAGUUGUCCAGGCAACGUCCACCUCCCCCAGUUCCACAGUAGAUCUGUAGCCCCUCCUUUAGGACAGUGGCAGAGCCAGAGGCAUCUGGGUCUACGUAAGACGGUAGCAGGGCUCUAUGAGCACGACGGGGCAGCAGCAAGGGGGGGGCCUGCGUUCUCGCCGAGGCCUUGGCCGGGACAUGGAUCCUGGGCAGGGCAUGGGCAUGGAGGCGGCCUGCUGGCUGGCCCCUGGAGUUCUGCGCAGGCUGAUCGAGCUGCCUUCACCCCCUCUGUCCCGACACCAGCUCAAGAGAUUGGAGGAGCACAGGUACAGCAGUGCUGGGCGCUCCCUGCUUGAGCCUUUGAUGCAGCGUUACUGGGAAUGGUUGGUAUCACGAGUCCCUUCCUGGAUCGCUCCCAACCUCAUCACCAUCAUCGGCCUGGCAACCAAUGUCUUUACCACCCUUGUUCUUGUCUGUUAUUGCCCAACUGCCACUGAACAGGCUCCUCUCUGGGCGUACCUGUUGUGUGCCGUGGGACUUUUUGUCUACCAGUCUCUGGACGCCAUUGAUGGGAAGCAGGCUAGACGCACCAACAGCAGCUCUCCGCUGGGCGAGCUGUUUGACCACGGCUGUGACUCUCUGUCCACUGUGUUUGUGGUCUUGGGAACCUGUAUAGCAGUGCAACUGGGCACCAACCCAGACUGGAUGUUUUUCUGCUGCUUUGCUGGGAUGUUUAUGUUCUACUGUGCCCACUGGCAGACAUACGUGUCAGGAACGCUGCGGUUCGGCAUAUUUGACAUAACAGAGGUGCAGAUGUGUCUAGCAGGAUUACAGAUGCUCACAGCCUAUGUGGGUCCCUGUCUGUGGAACAUGAUGAUCCCGUUCCUAAAUAUCCAGAUGAAAAUGAUUCCUGCCAUCUGCACACUUUUAGGAGCUGUUUUCUCCUGCACCAAUUACUUCAGAGUUAUAUUUACUGGAGGUGUGGGCAAAAAUGGAUCCACAAUAGCUGGAACCAGUGUCCUCUCACCAGUCUUGCAUAUUGGCACAGUUAUUAUUUUGGGGAUAAUGAUAUACAAGAAGUCGGCUGUCCAGCUGUUCGAGAAACAUCCCUGUCUUUAUAUUCUGGCGUUUGGUUUUGUCUCAGCAAAAAUCACCAAUAAACUAGUUGUAGCACAUAUGACAAAAAGUGAGAUGAAUCUUCAUGAUUUAGCUUUCCUGGGACCAGGACUACUGUUCCUGGAUCAGUAUUUCAAUAGUUUUAUUGAUGAAUACCUGGUGCUGUGGAUUGCAUUGAUCAUUUCCUUGUUUGACUUGGUGCGUUACUGUGUCAGUGUUUGCAACCAGAUUGCCUGCCAUCUUCACAUUUUCGUUUUCAAAAUCAAGCCUUGUUCAGUCCUCCGCUCGGCUCACUGAGGCGGCGCCGGCCAAUACUGACUCUGUCCCUCCACGUCCGUCGCACUCAUCUUCCUCUCCUCCCACUGUUUCAUACGUAGAGCUACAGGGGACGUGGUGACGUUAACGUAUGUGCUUCUGCCAACUGAAUGUCAGGACUAAUGAUAUAUUAAGAUACUGGAGUAUUACUGUCAUUUCUUUUUCACCGGUGCAGAAGUGAGUUUGUACCACUUACAUCUUCUGUCCAGUAAUAGGAAUUCUUCUGACGAACUCAUCGUUACACGAACAUUUCAGGAGGUGCUAAGCGCUAUGAUCAAGGAGACAAACUUAAGUGUGUUUUAACUGUUUGUGCAAGAAAAUGUAUAGGAAAAGAAUCAAAGUCUCUGCUUUUCAUUAUGAUUUUUGUAAGAUGUGCAUAAACCUACCUGUUUGCUUUUGUAAAUACCAAACUCUUACAAUGUCUGUGCUUCUAAGUUACAGCUCCUGCUUUCAGGCAUUUACGAAAACGUUGUGUAUGAGUUUAACCUCAUCUCCUGCACAUUGGCGUUACUGUUCCGCAGCAGGUGAAAGAACGUGAUGACUAGGUCAUUUGCAUUUACAUAUCAACAAACCUCCAUAUGAACCUAUGCGUUGAAACGGGUGCACAAGGGAUAUGUUCACACUCAUUUAACAGGGAUGCUCGUUUGCUUAUAUGCACAUUGUAAAGCUGGUCGUUAAACGUCCAAUUACCAGCACUCUCAGCUUUGCGGCUGAAAUAGUCGUCGAACUUUACAGGCCGAGAAUGUUCAGACGUUCUCCCGUUUUUGAGCGGAGAACGAUCGUGUUGUUCUUAUGGCUGCUCAUGAUAGUGUUGUUUUAACUGUGUUGUCAUGUUACAGAUCACUCCACCAGCCAACACUCUGCUCUCACCUGUAUUUUCAUCAUCCGUAAAUUCCAUGAAGCGCUCAAAGCAGCGUUCCUUCAUCCACUGAUUCUCACACAUUAGAAUGCAGCAGAAUGAUACAGUUGGCUGUUUGAAGCACUGUAGUUUGUAUGUGGAUGAAAGUCACACUAGUAUUGAUUAUGCAGUUCAAAAAGCUGCUUUACUAGAUUAAAUACGGCUCCAAUUGGUACUAAUGAGUGAAACUGAGACAUUUUAAAUUCUACAGGUUUUAAGUUUCACCUAAAAGUAAAUACAGCAGUUCAGUUUGUGUAGUUGUGCCAACAUUAAGCUUAAAAUGAAAAGAUCCUCGUAAUGAGCUAGUUUUUAGUAGCUGCUGUUAAACAAAGGUAAUUAAUUGCUUUACCUGUUGACCUUUCAUGGAAUUUGCUCAUAACUUCCUGUAUUGAACCUCAGACUGAACUGAACUACCUGAUACCAUGACUGUUAUGUGUCACUGGAUGCUGCUACGUGAGUCGCUGCUUAGAAAGCGUGUUCAGCGAUUGGUGAUGUGGAGUUUCCCUCUGGGACUCACCUGCUGAUGUACAGGUGGACACAGUGUGCAGGAGUUGAGGUCAUGUGAUGGGACGCGUCUUUAAAGGUGGUCACUGAUUCCGAAUCAGAUUUAACUUUUCCCCCAGACUGUAAUUAAAACCUGUUUAUUUGAAGUGUAGCUGCACUAACAUGCGAUGGCGCCUCGUGCUGAGUGGGAGCUCAGAACCAGUGUUCAUGUGGAAUAGUUAACAGCAAAUGGUUUCUUUUCCAUGUUGUGCCUGUUUUCUGUGUCUUAUCUUGAGCAGUUCCACUGGAAAACGGUUUAAAAACUCAUGAGGUCUAAACUAUUCGAGGAGGCAGGUGUGGCUGUACUGACUGAUGCAUCUUUUUAGUAUUGAACAGCAUCACUGUCUAAACUGGAUUACAUUCUCUCCAGUUUAAUGUGCAUUUAACUUAACAAGGCUGUUGCCAAGAACAAAGUUUUCACAAGAGAUAUGUCAAUUAAUCCAAAUGACAAAGAAAUCUGUCCUAAUGCCUUAAGAUGGAAAAACAGACAUAUACAUAUUAACAAUAUUUAUUAAAUAAAGAUAUUCUGAAAAUCCA